CCUUCUAUUUCAGAGUUUAGGAGUCUUGAACAAUUGGAUUUGGUGGGCAAAUGUAGUAAUUCGGUAAGACAGUCACCACCGCUAUCAAAAACGACCACACAUACUACUUAUCUAAACAUUCUGAAUGAUUCAGUCCUCCAAGAUCGACCGACCAUUACCAUUCAUCAUGAGAACAUAACGACCGUACAUACUACUUAUCUAAAUCUUUUUUAUGAUUUAGGUUUUUAUAAUUUAGGACUGUCACCACCACUAUCAAAAACGACCACACAUACUACUUAUCUAAAUCUUCAGAAUGAUUUAGUCCUCCAAGAUCGCCAGACUAUUACUAUUCAUCAUGAGAACAU